CCCUAAACCCAAUUUGGACUCCCUAACGGCUAGUCCAUUUUCAAAUUUUCCCCGUGGAAGGCAUACACCGUGAACUCUCCGUCCAAUUAAUUUAAAAUUUCCCCACUCUCCCUAACGGCUCUCUCUGCACCACUUUCUCAGUCAUUCCUUUUCCUUUAUUUUUCCCAUAUUUUCUCUUUGUAUGUUUAGUAAAUGCGGAGAACCAGAAGAUCACCGAAGGAAGUAAAACUUGCAGUCAAGCCUCCUCAAAUGGCUAAUCUAUAAUCCCAAGACUAAAGGUCUAAUUUAAGAAGAGGUUUUCAGAAAAAGAAAAAAGAAAAAAAAAAAAGAAAGAAAGAAAUGGCAAUGGAGAAGGUUUAUGAAGAGCUAGAGGAAGUCAAAUUUGAGAACGAGAAGCUAAGGUCAGAUUUAAAAAGCAAAGCUGAAUUGUAUGAGCACUUGAAGAAGUUCCAGAAUGAGCAGUCAACAAAGCUCCACGAAGCGAGUUCAAAAAUCGAGAAGCAGGCGCAACAAGUUCUUGAAAAAGAGGAAGAAAUCUCAGUGGUGACGCGAACUAAUGAAGAUCUUAAAUGCAAUCUGAAAGAGAAAGAAUCUAUCAUCAAGCAUUUGAAUGCUGCCAAUGAUAAGCUGAGAGCCGAGCGUGACGGGAAGAAUCAGAAACGGGAGCAGGAAAUUGGAAGGUUGGUAUUGGCUUUAGAUGAGGCGAAUGAGAAGAGUAUAGAUCAAGAGCAAAAAAUGGACAUGCUUAAGGCAGAGAUUGAAGGCCUCAAAGCUCAUUUGUUGGUUUCGCAGAAGAAGCAUUCAGAAGCAGAGAAAAAGGCCAAAAAUCAGAAGGACCCGAGAGAAAGAGAUGAUGUGCUGGUCAAAGUAGAGGAAGACAUGAAGAAGGUUGAACAUCAGCUAAAAUGGAAGGAGGAGCAGUUUAAACACCUAGAAGAAGCACAUGACAGGCUCCGAAAUCAGUUCAAGGAGAGUGAGAAAGAGUGGGAGAAAGAAAAAUGUACUUUGUUCGAUGAGAUUUCUUCGCUGCAGACAAGACUAGAUUCUCAGAUCCGAAUUACAGGAGAUCUCCAAAGCCGGUUGCAGAUGUGCAACCAAGCCCUGGCUCAUGAAGAGACCCGAAGAAAGUACCUGGAAGUUGAAAUUUCAGAGUUCAAAACACGCUUUGAAAAGUCUUUUGCUGAAUGCCAGGAUGCAAAGUCUCACCUAGAGUGUUUGAAUUCUCAGAGGGACAAAGAAGUUGCAACUCUGAGACAUUUGUUGGGCACAAAGGAGUCCUUUUAUAAGGAAAUGGAAUAUCGAGUGGUGAAACUAGAGCAAGAAAAUCAGGAGUUGUUGGCUUCUUUAAAAGAACUCCAGGAAACUAGAAUUCAAGAAGCUGGAAACUCUUCUCUUUCAAAACUAAAAAACAAGCUCAAAAGUGUGGAGCAGAUGCACAAGGAUUGUUCAUCGAAUCUCAGAACUAAACAAGCUGAAUGGAAUUCUGAACGGGAGGAAAUGAUGAAGAAAUUAAAUGAUUACAGCUCUCAGUUAAAGACUAAAGAUGCCGCACUUAACGUGCUUGAGAUGGAACUUGAAAGUUGCCUUUCUUCAGCCGUUCAAUUGAAAUUGCAGAAUGAGGAGAUUUCCAUAAUGAUGGUACUAUUGAAGUCGGGGAUGUUUGAGGCCCAACUGAAACUUGCAAAUGCCGAGGCUGAGCUUGGUCUCCAUCAGAAAGAGGGGAUGGAGAAUCUUUCUGUUCUGAGGCAGCAACUGGAGAUGAAAAAUACUGCUCUGGCCAAUGCUCAGAGAGACAUUACAGAAAAACGUGAGAGGAAUGCAAUUUUAUCCAGGAAGGUUGAUACCUUAGCUCAACUCGAGGAUAAGCAUCAGUUGAUGGAGAAAGAGGUCAAUACAUGCAAAACAAUUCUCAAGGAAUCAUCCAAAUGUCAACUUCGGUUGAAAGAGCAAGCUUUACAGAUGGAGACUGAUUCAAAAGAAAAAAUCAGAGAAGUCUGUGAUGCUUUAGAUGUGGCAAAUUCUCAACUGGCAGAAGAACAGGAGAAGGUAGCAUCUUUGUUAAGCAGAGUUGAAUCGUUGGAUCUUAUUGAAGGACAGCGAUUCCUGGUGCAGAAAGAGCUUGAGAGGUAUAAAGAAAGGCUUGAGGAGGCAUCUAGGCGUCAAAUACACUUGGAAGAGCAAGCUUUGCAGAGGGAAAUUGAAUCCAAAGAGAAGCUUAGCGAAGUUUGCAAUGCGCUUGAAGCAGCAAAAUCUGAAUUGAGUAAAGAACGAGAGAGAGCAGUGUCUUUGACGAAAAGGGUUGAAUCUUUGGAUCACCUUGAAGAGCAGUGGCUCCAGAAACAGGAUGAGGUUGAGAGAUAUAAGAAAAUGCUUGAGGAAGCAUGUAGGAGUCAAAGUCAGUUAGAAGAUCAAGUUGGGCAUAUGAAAAAGGAAUUUGGAGAGAAACUUGAAGCAGCUUUUAAUGCUUUAGAAACUGUGAAAUCUGAAUUGGCUAAAGAACGUGAGAGGACAGCUUCUUUAAUGAAGAGGGUUGAACAGUGGGCUCUGAGGCAGAAAGACCUUGACAAGUACAAGGAAAGGUUCGAGGAGUCAUAUAGAUGCCAACUUCAAUUAGAAGAGAAAAUUUCUCAGAUUGAAAGGGACUCGGAAAGGAAACUGACAGAAGCUUGCAAUGCUCUGGAGAAAGCAAAUUCUGAAUUGGUUGAGAAAGUUUGUAAAGGACAUGAAAUUGAAUUUGAGUCAUGGAUAUGGAAAUCUAUUUCUGAGAGGUUAAAAGUUGACCUUGAAGAAAGUCAGGAAUUGCGUAAACAACUAGAAGCUUCUCUUCUUGCGCAAGUAGGGGUUGGAGAAAUUAUCAAGAAAGAGAAAGAUGACCUUAUCCGUAUAACCAAAGAGAAAGAUCAGGAAAUUUUAAGCCUCCAGCAGCAUAUGGUGACACUUGAGCAAGAGCUCCAAGCAAGAGAGUUAAGAGCAGUAAGUUCAGCAGAGGACAGCAUUCUUCAAAUCACAAGAGAACACGACAGGGUCUUGGAGGAUCUUCGGAGAGAGAUUGACUUGCUGGAAGAAGAAUCACUCAGAAGGGAACUAGAAGGUGCUGCAUAUGCACAUAUUGGUGCAGAGAGAAGUUUCGUGCGUGAGAAGGGGAACAUUUUGCAGCUUGUAAAAGAGAAAGAUGAGAGAAUUGAUGGUCUCAUGCAGGUUGUAAGGUCGAUGGAAGAGGAUUUUAAUGGCUCAUUGAAUUCCUUUUCCUCAGAGCUUACUGAGAAGCAGGAACAUAUUAAACUGGUCCAUGAAGCUUGGGAGCAGAUUGCCAGUGCUGAGAUUCUGGCUAAGCUCGAAAUCGAAGAGAAAAAGUUGAUGAUUGCGGAGUUGGAGGAUGACAUUCACUAUAUACAGGAGAAACUGUUUUCACAAGAAAAGUCCGUGUCUGAUUCAAAGCAACUAGCAUUAACUAUAGAAGCUGAAUUGGAAGCAAAGCAUUUGGAAAUGAAGAACUUGACUGAUCAAAUGGAGGAAAGGCUGAGAACAUCAGAGGCUUCUGUUGAUGAGCUUAGGACUGAAAAGGCAAAUCUUCUCGAAGACAUAAUGAAGUUGUCUACGGAGAGAGACAAUUUGGUUGGAUGUAUUGGAGGCCUAAACGAUAGCCUCGGUGAGUUCUCCAGUGAAGAUGCUCAACUGAUGAGAAUCUUGGGAAGGAUAGUGCAGUCUUUUGACCUCUCGGACACAAAAGGUAGUAAUGAACUUUAUGACUGUCCGAAAGAGAAUAAGAGGAGUCUUCCAGCUUCUCCAGCAACCAAAAAAACCAGUUCCAUCUUCGAAGAAAGGUCACCAUUUAGACAGCUCAACUAACCGCGACUUAUGUAAAAAGCUAUUACUAACAGCUUGUGUGUGAUUGAUGGUUUUCUAUUCUUUUUUUAUCCCUCCCAUUAACAAAGUAUCUAGAACAAUCCAUGAAGUUUAAAGCAUGGAUCAUUUCUCUUUUUCAGCUUUGUACUGUAGCUGCCACACAUGAUUGUUUCAUUUUGAAGAUUCGGUUUCUUUGUACUCUAUUUCCAUGGAAAUGGGUAACUGUUGUUGCUUAAGUACUUCAUUUUGGGAAAAUACAAGGUAUUUGUUGCUUCAUUAAA